AUGGGUGCUGCAGAUGUGAAGGAAGCAUUGGAGGACAAGUACAAGAUUAAGAUCAAUUACCAGAUAGUUUGGUAUGGUAGGCAGAGAGCAGCUGACAAAUUAUUUGGUAAGUGGGAUGAUUCAUUUGAUUGGUUGUAUAGGUUUAAGGCAGAAGUGGAGUUGAGGCAGCCUGGUAGUGUAGUUGAGAUAGAUACUGUCAAAGUUGGAGAGAAGCACCAUUUCAACAGAUUUUUUUGUGCUUUCAGAGGUAGUAUAGAUGGGUUCUUGUAUGGGUGCAGACCUUACAUUAGUAUAGACUCCACAGCUUUGAAUGGGCAGUGGAAUGGACAUAUGCCUGCAGCCUUAGCUUUAGAUGGUCAUAAUUGGAUGUUCCCUUUGGCCUUUGGGUUUUUUGAUUCAGAGACCAAGGAUAAUUGGAUUUGGUUCAUGGAGCAGUUAGGCAAGGCCAUUGGGGUACUUCCAAGAAUGGCUAUUUGUACUGAUGCUUGCAAGGGCCUAGAGUCUACUGUCAAGCAUGUUUUUCCAUGGGCUGAACAGAGGGAAUGUUUUAGGCACUUGAUGGAAAACAUGAAGAAGAAGUUCACAGGAAAUGUAUAUGCUGAAAACAUGUGGCCUGCUGCAAGAGCUUACUCAGCUGGAAAGCACAAUUACUUUAUGAGUAAAGUCUUGGAAGCUAGCCCUGAGGUAGGAAAAUGGUUAGAAGAGCACCAUAAUCUGUUGUGGGCUAGAUCCAAGUUCUCUCCAGACAUCAAAUGUGACUACAUCCUGAACAAUUUGGCUGAGUCUUGGAAUGCAUGGAUCAAAGAAUUCAAGGACCUGCCACUACACUGUCUGGUAGAUGCUAUCAGAGAGAAAGGUGUGGUCAUGUUUGAAAGGAGGAGGAGGAUUGGAAGAGCUUUAAAUGGAGUUAUUCUCCCUGCUGUGAUUCAUCAACUUAAUGCUGCCUCAAAGGGGAUAGGACACUUAAAGGUCACCAAAGGACUGCCACACCAAGCUGAGGUCACUAAGAUAUACAAGGAUGAGGAAGUAAGAAGACAUGUGGUUUAUCUCAAUGACCAGAGCUGUACAUGUAGAGAAUGGCAGGUUACUGGUAAGCCUUGCCCCCAUGCUUUGGCUGUUAUAACCACUGUGAGGCAGCCAGAUUAUGAAAAGUUUGUGGACAUGGCAUAUUCUGUGCAAAGAUUUAGACAAGCAUAUGAUGCUGGGUGGCCUAACAUCACAGAUAGGAGUCAAUGGCCUGAAGUUGCAAAGGACUUCAAACUAUUGCCACCUAUAGGGAAGAAGAGAGGCAUUGGUAGGCAGAGGAAAAACAGAAUUCCCUCUUGCUUGGAGAGGUCAGGUAAGCCUACUAGGCAAUCCAUAUGUGCAGCUUGUGGUGAAAAGGGUCAUAGGAAGGGCAGUAGGCACUGUGGGCUCACUGGGACCAAGAAAAGGAAGAGGACCAAGAAAGCAGCAGUGAAGCCAGGAAGGAAGAAGGCCAACCAUGACAACCAUGAAGAAGCUGCUGAACCAGAGCCAGUUCCACCACAAAGGACACCAAGGACAAGAGCUGCAGCAGCUAGGGAAGAGGCUGAAGCAAUUGCAGCAGCAUCAGCAAGGAAAGCAGCUAGGAAAGCAGCUAGGAAAGAAGCUGAAGCUGUAGCUCAGGCACAACAACAUCUGCAAGCAGCAGCAUCCAGGACUAAGAGGAGACUUGCUUUGGAGGCACCACCAGACCCACCUGCUGAAGAACUUGCUGAUUUUAAACCUGUACCAUUAGAAGUGGUGGCACCAGCAGCACCAAAAGUUGCCUAG